GCAAACUGUCAUUCGAAUACAUUGUGGAUUACCGUAUUCUCAAGAAUGGAAUCUAUUGAUUUAAAUUAAUGUUGCAUAUUUACUGAUAAUUCUUUUGAAUCAGAAAAAAUGUUUUCGCGUACAAGAUUCCUUGUUUCGAGAGUUCUUCCUUUGAAAAAUGCUUUUAAGUUGGAAUACAAAAAUGAAUCUCGCUUGCUGUACGGAAUCACAGCGGUGAGGUAUCGUUCAACCACUCCACUUAAUACUAUUAUUAUGUUUGUUCCACAACAAGAGGCAUGGAUUGUAGAAAGAAUGGGAAAAUUUCAUAGAAUUCUUGAACCAGGAUUGAACCUACUCUGGCCUGUUGUAGACAAAAUUAAAUAUGUACAAAGUUUGAAAGAAAUAGCCAUAGACGUUCCAAAGCAAAGUGCAAUCACAUCAGACAAUGUCACACUCAGUAUUGAUGGAGUUUUGUACUUAAGGAUUAUUGAUCCAUAUUUGGCGUCAUAUGGUGUGGAAGAUCCAGAAUUUGCAAUUACACAGUUGGCUCAAACUACAAUGAGGUCUGAAUUGGGUCAAAUAUCACUUGACAAGGUGUUUAGAGAAAGGGAAUCUCUCAAUGUGUCAAUAGUGCACGCUAUAAAUAAAGCCAGUGAAGCUUGGGGCAUUACUUGUUUGAGAUAUGAAAUACGUGAUAUAAAGUUACCUACAAGAGUUCACGAAGCCAUGCAGAUGCAAGUCGAGGCAGAAAGAAGAAAAAGGGCCGCAAUUUUGGAGUCAGAGGGUGUCCGUGCCGCUGAUAUAAAUGUUGCGGAAGGUAAACGGCAAGCUCGAAUCUUGGCUUCAGAGGCCGAGAAACAAGAGCAGAUCAAUAAGGCGUCGGGUGAAGCUCAAGCUAUGUUGGCUGUUGCUGAAGCUCGUGCUCGAGGACUCAAGCUUAUUGCUAAUGCACUCUCACAACCAGAUAGUAAAAAUGCUGCAUCUCUAACUCUCGCAGAGCAAUAUGUAGCAGCCUUUAAUAAGCUUGCCCGAACAACUAACACACUCAUAUUACCAGCUAAUGCAGGGGAUGUUUCGAAUUUGGUUGGCCAGGCUAUGUCAAUAUAUUCAACUGUGUCAGCACAUAACAAACAAGCACCUCACGGAGAGCCAAUAGUUCCAGAUAUUAUGUUAGAUGAUCCCAUGUUCAAAUUAAGUUCUCUCAAUGAAAAAGCUACAACCCUACAACAGCCAGUGGCUAGUGAAAACGAUAAUUUAGCCGAAUAUUAUUCUGACGAUGAAGAAAGAGAAAAAGCUAUAAAAGCACAAAAGGAAAAGAAACAACUUAAUCUUAUAGAGAAAGAAAAAUAGAAUUGUUAAGCAUAUAUGCCUGUUAACAAAUAAAAUUAAUAAAUUAA